UUAAAAGGCUAUGUAUCUUUUUGGCUUCAAGUUCCAGUGCGCGGCAGACGAAGUUUCAUAUCAAUUUUUUUAUUCGUGCCACAAAGUUAUGGCCGUCUUGUACAUUUAAGUCUCCCUCAAAGAAACUGAAGUCUUUAAAACAAGACAAUUUAUAUGUAUUUUGCACUGAAUCGUUUUUGUAAAAAUCGUUGCUUUCAAAUAUUCUGUAUUUCAUAGAAAGAGCAGUGCUGCUCAUUAUUUCAUAGAACAAACAGUGCUGCACAGAAAGCAAAGUUCUUUCUCUAAAAGUCCAUUUGAAUCAUGGUGGUGUACCAAGCGCCAGCGGAGCAUUUCUCCACCACUCUACACAGCAUCAACGAUCUGAGGAAAGAUGAGUCAUUCUGCGAUGUUGUACUUCGAGUGGGCCAUGCUGAAAUCAAGGCUCAUAAAUGUGUAUUGGCUGCGGGCAGCCCAUAUUUCAGAUCGCUGUUUCUUGGCCAGUUUACAGAAUCUUCCAAGAGUGAAAUUGACCUAUCACAAGUCACCACUGACAACAUUUCCAUGGAGUUGAUCAUUAAUUUCAUUUACUCCGGAGAAGUUGACAUUGAUUCAGAAAAUUUGGGUGAUAUUAUAAAACUGUCCUCAUUUUUCUUGCUCGAGGCCUUACGGGGAUUCUGUGCAGAUUUCAUGCGUGAAAACCUCUGUCUCAAAACAUGUCUUACAUACUUCAUGUAUUCUGCUGACCAUGGCUUGAAUGAACUGGAAAUAAAUGCUGGCCUCAUGAUUCGAGCUAGAUUUCAUGACUGUUUAAUAUAUGAGGAUGAAACAUUGAAUCUGACAAUUGAUGAGCUUAUGUUUAUCCACGGGAAACACAUAAUGAAACACUGCUCAAAAAGCAGUUUGUUGCAGUAUCUAAUGAAAUGGGUUACGAAAGGAAAAACUGAGGACCAUGUAAAAGCAUGCUUAGAUAUUCUUGAUGCUCUUGAUAAAAGAAGCUCCGAGUACAAAUGCAGUGAAAUAUAUUCUGGUUUAACUGAAAUCUGUCUGGAAUCAUUAUUUUCAGUUGUGUGUGUUGCCCUGAAAGAAAGUGGCGUCCAAGACAAGGAAAGUCUUUUAUCAAAGUUCAGCCACAUGUUGGCAGAUUUUAAGCCAAACAGGAAAUUACACACUGGGGACUCUAAAAGUAACACGGCAGAAAAUACCCCUGGAACUAGCACUGGGUAUUCCAAGCAGUCGCCAGAGAAAUCCAAAUUUCUGUUCAGUGGGUGCAAAGCAGAAACCGAACUUGCUGUUGUAACAUUGACACCAAAACUGUGCGUGAUUGAGGAUUAUCGAAAGCAACGUGAAGAAUCGAUAUUCCAUCAUGAGGUAGAACCUUUUAGACAACCAGUGUUUGACAUCUGUGCCUAUGUUCCUAGAACCAGAACUUGGUAUCAUUUGUGUGAGCUUCAGGAGGCUAACACGCCUGAAUACCUUGUGGAUGGUGCAGGGUACGAGAGUCGCUUCUUAGUGAUGGGAGACUAUGCAGCUUUCAUUGACAACAGGGGGGACAAUAUCGAUCUGUAUAACUUCCAAACAAAGCAAUGGAGUGCCCCAAGUGUGGAAUACUAUGAUCUAAACUUUGACAUGGAUUUUGAUGACAAUUUUCAAGCCAAUGAUGUUUGUUUCGUUCUUGGAAAGGAUGAUACCAAGUAUAUGAUUGUGCGAAUGCGACUUUUCUCUGACCAUUCUUUUGACCAAGCCACAGAGAUGUAUUUCAGAGGGUAUGUGCUCAGGGAUGAUGGUCAGUCAUGGGACUGCAUUUUUGUCACGCCGACUAAGAUCAGGACUAAUUUAUCUGAUAAUGGUGGUAUGCCUGAAAUGACAGCUAGAAUCAGUAAGAAGAGCAAUGAGUUGAUUGUGACACAUAGUACUCUUGAUGGUGGAUGGAACAUGGUGUUUGUAGCAAAUCUCAACGACCCAUUUCCAAGUCCCAUAACUCUGAAAUCAGAGUUUAUUGAAAACCAAGAUGAGUUCAGAGGUGUCGCAAUACUUGAAGAUGAUGACAGGUUUCUUAUUGUGUCUAAUGGAACAAAGAAUUGUAACAGCAAGGUGAAAAUUUUGUACGAGUACAAGUUCAAUUCAAAGGAGCUGAUAGAGUGCAAAGACACUUCCAAGGAGUUGGUUGUUUCAUCUAUGCUGGGACCGUAUUUUGAAGAUGACGAAGAAAUUGAGUACCCAUGUUUGUGUGAACUCAGUGCCUCUGAUGGAAGCUCCAUUUGGUACAUGGAGGGCAACAUGGAAACUGUCAGUUCCUUCGUGGAAAUAACCUUUGGCAAAAACGGAACUCCAUCGCGGACAGAUCACCCACCACCCCCAUUUGCCUGCUUUACUCGAGCAUUUGCUGGUCAAAUUAGUAAAAAACAUUUAACAAAUGCUAAGCAGGUUUCUCGAUUUCUAUUUCGAGAGAAGAAGGUCUCCUCCCCUGAAAAGAGUGUAAGUCAUUUUAGCAGAACUCAGUAUUCUCAUUACAGCAGUUGAGGCCUUAGAAACCCGUGUUUUGCUGAAAGUGAAGUGUUUGUCUUUCAUGGUCAAUCGUGUGUGAUACUUUGAUUAGUUUUAUUGUGUAUAGUUUUUUUAAACAUUAAAAAAAGUGUACAAUGAUCUGACUAAGCUCAUUAAAGAGACAUGUCCACAGGAUUUUUCAUUGUUUGAAGUGUUUACUGGUAAUUGAAUGCCCCAGCUGAAUGCUGUAGAAUGAAAGGAAAUUGAGAGGCUCAGAGCUCAAGCAUAACAGUAUUAAAGUAAUUUUAGCCUAUUUUUGUAGUUGACUAAAUAUGCACCUAAGUUGUCACUUGUCAUGAUCAAAAGACUACGGCUCUAACCUUUCAUCAUCCUGACAGACAUAUUGCAUCAUUAUUAUUAUUUUAGCCUUUAAAUGCAAUCCAGGUGUUGACUCAAAAUGCUAACAAAACAACAUUGUCACCUACAGCCAAUACAUGUAGUUUUGCGCUUAUAACAUUUUAUAAUAUUCCCAAUUUCAAAAAAUGAUUACUCAUACACAAACAAGUAUUUUCAGUGUUUAUACAUAUCAGUGAGGUCAUUUUGCUCUAUUGUAAACAUUGCUUUUUAAAUUUUUGAAUCUGUCACAAAAAUUGGAAAAUAGAAAAUUUAUCAAACUUUGAACGUUAAAUGUUAUUUUGUGAAAGUGUUUAAUUGCGGUGCCCCUGCAACUAAGCAUACACAAUGGAAGUUUUUUGUAUGUUUGUGCAUCUGAGUUUAAGUGUAAGUUCUUAAUGCUUUUUUAAAGUUACUUGACACAAAAUGUUUUGCCCUCUGUGUCAGGCACCUAUCCCUAGCUCCAAGAGGUCGAAUUUCAGUUUGCAAUUACUUGCCAAAAAUGUCUAACGUACAUGUGCAGGAAGUGUAUGCCACACAUAUUUGUAUGUUGAAAAGCUAAAGCACUUUAUAUAUAAAAUAAUAAAUAUAGAAAAUAUUAAACAAAACAAUUAAAACCACUAAAAUAAAAUAUAUUUUUUGAUAACUCUGCUAAGCAAACUUCAAGUAAAAAAAAUCUUUAAUGCAAGUAUGUCAUUGACUCAACUGCUAAACAACAUCCACGUGUAUGUAUGUAAAGCUUAUGAUUUAUACUGAUGAUGUGUUGAAAAUGAUCGUUUUCAAUAACUUUUACAAAUGUUUAUUUUUCAAGUCCUAUAGCAUAGUUUUCAUUUAAAAUGAAUGUUAACUCUCUGAAUUGCAUGCUGUACAUUUGAGAAAGUCUUUACAUUCUAUCUUGCUAACUAUUAAUUUAAAAAGUGUGUGAAAAUGUAUCUGCAUUUUUUAUUCUCACAUGAUUCAUGCUUCUUUACAGCUGAUAUUUAAUUAAAAAAAUGAAACUUUGUUAAUUUUACAUUUAAUGGCAUUAACGAAUCACUGUACAUGUACUUAAAUUUGGGUAUCAAUUAUUCAAGUGUGCCUUACAAUGGAAAUAUUUUAUUUUUUGUAAGCAUCAUAAAGCUUGAAUAGUUAAAAGUAUUCUGUUUACACUGGUAAUUUGAUGUGUUUAUCACUGUACACUGGUAAUUUGAUGUGUUUAUCACUGUACACUGGUAAUUUGAUGUGUUCAUCACUGUACACUGGUAAUUUGAUGUGUUUAUCACUGUACACUGGUAAUUUGAUGUGUUUAUCACUGUUGCUGAAUAUUUUAUAUAAACAUAUGAGCCAUGCUAUGUAAAGGGGGUUUAAUGCUUGUAUGUAAAGUGUCAUCCCAGAUUAGCCUAUGCAGUCUGCACAGGCUAAUCGGGGACAACACUUUCCCCUUAAAUGAUAUUUGCUGUUUAAGAAAUUAUCUUCUUAGCAAAAAUCCAGUUAAGACGGGAAGUGUCGUCCCUGAUUAGCCUGUGCGGACUGCACAAGCUAAUCUGGAACAACACUUUACGCACAUGUUCACACUAUUGAUUUAAAAAAUGUUGUUGUUCUGUUUUCAGAUUUUAUAUAUUUUUCUUAGAAGGUACUCUUAUCUUAUUUUCUGUUAUUAGGCCGGAAUUUAAUUUCUCUUUGGCCAAACAAAAUUAAUUUUUAGUUUCACAGGCCUCAUCUUUGAUCAUAAUAGCUGCUUCGAUUUUCGCUGGCUGGAAGCUUUUUUAUUUAAUAAAGAUGCAUUUUUUUAUACUUAAUAAGGUCAAAAGGUAAAUAAACACCAUAAAGCUAAAAACUCCAAGUGAAGUGAAACCAAUGUAAACACAUCGUUGCCAUGUGCACAAAUAUUUGGGAAAAUUCCUAAUUCAUCAAUUAUGCAAUUCACCUGUACAAAGCAGUGAAGGGCUUAAAUAAUAUGUAAUCUUUUUGUAUUUUCCUCUAAAUAAACUUCUCACCACACUGCAUACCUUUGGUAAAAGGCAGAACUUAUAGACAGAUAAAUCCCAAGAAACCAAGCAAGUAGGGUUAAAGUAAUGAAUAACUUUUUUUCUAAAAGGACAGGUUUAAGAUUUAUAUACAGGAUAAUGUCUCAUUAAAGGUCCUUCUGCACAUAAUGAUUAUGCAAAAUCAAAAGAAUAAAUGCACUAACAACACACGAAUUCCAUCGAAAUAAACUGAAAGUAAUUUAGAAUCCGCAAUAUUAUAAUUGCUUGUUUUCCAAUCAAGUUGGCAAAAGUAAGUACUGGGUAAAAGGAUUAAAGGCCUGAUUCUGUUGCGUUUUGUAACACAUACAUAGUAUAUUAUAUGUAUAUGUUUACUUUUUGAUAAUUAGGCUCAUUUAUGACAUCUGAUGUUUUUACAACAAUUUGCAUGUAGUCUUAUAACAUUGUUCAGUCGCAAUCAUCAUAAACAUUAUUAAAAUUUAAUCGAUUUACUACUAAAAUAUGUACAGUAUAUUAUAUUUUGACAUUAUGUGGCAUUACUGUAUUUAUGUAUCUUUUGGAAUUAAUUAUUGUUGUUCAACACCAUGUGAACUGUUAAUUGCUUAAUUUCAACACAUCACACAGUGCACGUGACAGUAGCUAGUUAGUAACCAUAUUUGUAUCUACAAUUUAAUAUAUGUUAUAUGAAAUGUUCUAUAAAAUUUAGGCAGCUUUGUAUAUAUUUGUGUUUGUAUACAAAUUAUUCGGGUUUUUAAUGUCAUGUAUGUUUUAUAUUUGUGUUGUAUUUUAUUUGUUUUAAAAUCUAAUAAAUCUGUUUUUAUUCUUGCAA